AACAAUGCGAUCCAGAAGAAUUCAGCCUCAGACUGGAACAAAUCCAGAUGCAGCUCCAAGACAUGAAGAGACAGUUGCUGAAUGGACUGGCUUCUUUGGUUAUUUCAGGUAUUAAAUCCAGCAAUUUUCCAGCUUUCUACUUCCCUGUGGAAAACAUUGAGAGUUUUGUGAACGUUCAUCCCCUCCACGAUAUGUCUCUCCAAGCCUUCACCCUAUGCUUCCGGACAAAAGCCCAGCACGCUGGCAGUCAGACUGUUCUCUCCUACUCCACACACGAGAGGGACAAGGAGCUAGUGCUGACCGUGGGCACAGAUGUGGGAUUAUGGAUAGGAGGCCAUUUCAUCAGCUUCCCCCUAUACCACAAGACGCAAGAUUGGCUGCACUACUGCAUGGCAUGGGCCUCCCAGUCUGGAAUGGCAAAUUUAUGGCUGAAUGGAGCAGCUGGUAAAGCACAGAGUAUCCAGAAAGGGUACGUGAGCCAGGCUGGAGGGACGCUUGUCCUUGGGAAAGACAGAGACAUUCUUCUUGGGACGUUCUCCAACAGUUUUGCAGGAUGGAUGACUCAUGUGAACAUGUGGAGCCAAGUUCUCAGUCCUGCAGAUGUUCGGGCACUUGCACUGUGCAAACCAGGGCAACUGAAGGGAGAUGUCAUAGCCUGGGGAGAAACUGCCAUGACCCUCUUGGGUGGGGUAGUUCUGGAGUCUGACACCAGCUGCCAGUGA